UCAGUUCUGAACCUUGUGCAAAGUGUGUUCGUCGUGAGCUAAUGAAAAUCGUCGUUGAUCAUCGAGAAAAACCAAUCAAACAGUUUUGGCAUUAAAUGCCCAGUGGACAAAAACAAAUUGUGCUUAUAAAUUGAAUUUGAUUGGCUUGACAAAGCAAAUUUAUAUUCCCACAAAGAAACUCUUGGAAAUAUUUCGACAAAUUGAAAUAUUCCCAAUCCCCAAACUCUCCGCGGAAUUUGAUUUCUGUCUUUGAAUGCUGCUGCAGCAAAACGAAAAUUCAACCAAAUUCAAUCAGCAUUUCACAGAGUGCUGGAAUCAGCUAAGCACCCAGCGAAGGUCCGACAUAUUAUCCGUUCUCAGCACCAUAUCUUUCAGCGCUGCUAAGAUGGCCACCAUGCCCCAGGGUGCUUUUGCCGCUUGCAAGAUUCGCCAGCAAUUCAACGAACGCGAAAUGAUCGUCUCCCGCAUGAGAUCUGCGGCGGAUAAGAAUCCAGUUGACAACAACUCAACUCAACGGGAAUACACUCCGGUCAAGUAUAAUGACAUGCUAAUGAAGUCCAUUUGGGGUCUAUACAAUCGUUAUUCGCCGCACAACGUCAAGAAGAACGAAUACGCCCCCACCAAGUGAUACCCUAGCCAAGGCGCAGCUGCUUUGCUUAUAAGGAAGCUGCUGUGCCGUGUUGUUGUCUGUACCCCUUUCGAGGGCAUAGGCCGACCAAAUUAAUAUAUAUACUCAACGAUAUAUA